AUGGCGGGAGUUGAGUUGAGAAAAAGUGACGUGGCACCUGCUGAUUGGUGGGGACAGGAUAUCACAGACGAUGAGGAACAGGAGCGGAUAGGGAUGGAGAGUGAGGGAGAAGAGGAGGGAAGGAGAGACGACAAGCUACAAGAAGAGAGUGAAGCUGAUGUGGCAUGGGAGCUUAAAGCGGAAGAGGAGAGUGAGAAUGCUGAGGUGGAGGUAGAGGUGGUGACGGGUCAAGGGGGUAAUGGAAAUGGUGGUGCUAGUGCAGCUUGUGGUGCUAGUGGUGCGAGUGGUGCUACUGGGGAGGAGAAUAAUCAGCUGGAGGAGGAGUUUUGGGCGGCGCACUGUCCGCUGGUGUGUGACGUGGCAGCCACCCUGCCACUGUUCACCCACGACAAGCAAACCUUAUCAUCGUCAAUAUCCGCAUCUCUCUCUGCCAUCCAAGCCGACGUCAUCAGCCCUCACGCCCUCUGGUUGCUGCACCCAUCACAACCGCCUUCCACUGCCACGUCAGCAGCUGCCAGCUCAGCAUCAGCUGCUAGCACUGCUGCAGGAGCCCUGCGUCCGAUCCUGAUUGGCUCUCUGCCGAACGGAAGAGCCUCAGCAGCCAAUGGCAGCAUGACACGUGGCAAAGAUGGUGGGGGGACCUCAGAGGGGAUGGUGUGUGGUGAUCUGCUGACGUCAGCAGAAGGGGGAGGUGGAAAGGGGGGAGGAGGAGGAGACGGGGGAGGAAAAGGGGGAGGUGCGAGAGGGAAAGGGGGAAAAGGGGUCGCUGGUGGUGGGGGAGGAGGGGGAGGAAGAGGAGAGACGCUAGCUUCGAAAAGACUGGCAUCAACCACACGUGUCUCUCUGCUGCUCAACCUAUCGCCACCUGCCACGUCAGCAUCUGCGGGGCAGAACAGUGCACCUCUUGGCCUCAGCUACACCCCAGCCGCCCCCAGCAUCCACCUGCACCAGAUAAGCCUGUCCCUGAGCACCCUCGUCUUCGCCCCUCAGCAGCUGUCUCUCCGGGCGGCGGUGCGUCGUCUUGUAGUGCCGGGGCUGUUGCGGCAAGUCAAGGCAAUCGAGUGGAUGGUGGGGGGCGGGGGAGACGGGAGACAGGGGGGUCAAGCGGGCAGGAGAGACGAGAAGGAGGAGGGGAAGCGGGGGAAGGGGGCAGGAGCAACAAGUGCGGAUGGGAGAGGAGCAGCAGGGGAUGCAGCGCAAGAUGCGGCUUCAGCCAUUUCUUUCCAACUAGGACUCAAGGUAGGCCCAUUCCUGCAACUUCCCCUCAUCCCUCCUGCCGUGCCGCUCCUCCACCGAGCACGCGCACCCAUUUCUCCCCCCCCCCCCCCCGCUAUUCCCUUUCCUGCUUUCUCGAUUGCUCAGCCAUUUCCCCCUUCCCCUCUCCCUGCUCCUCCUCACGUCAUCCAAACCCCCACUCUGCCCCUGCCUUACCUUUCCCCACUCUCCUGCGUCCGUGCCCUUCUCCUCCCUCGCUCCCUCUCAUCAUGCGUUUGCCCCCCCUGCCCCACCCACAUCCUUCAGUUCGGAGCAUACCACUUCCUGCUGCCGGCCUGCCCACACCCUCUCACUGUCACCUACCCUCUCACGUAUGGGGAGGGGCAGCAGAGCCUGGUGGACAUGCGCAUGACACUGCACCACCGCCUGGGCCUGCCCCUCGACCGCCCCAUGCUGCGCAUUGCCUCUUCUCUCGCCCUCGCUACCCCCACUGCCGCACCGGACGCCACCCAAGCAUCCUCAAAAGGUCUGCGUCUCUGGGAUGUGCACGUGGGCCUUCCUCGUCUGCCACAUUCCGCAGGGUCUAAACAGUACCUAGUGCAGGGCUCAUACGAGUAUUACCACUACAUGCAAGACAGGAUCGAUGACAGCGGGUGGGGCUGCGCCUAUCGCUCUCUGCAGACCAUCGUAUCGUGGUUCCGCAUUCAGCAAUACACAUCACUACCCGUGCCAACCCACAGGCGCAUUCAGGAGGCGCUGGUGGAAAUAGGGGACAAGGACGCGGCGUUUGUGGGGUCGAGCCAGUGGAUCGGCGCCAUCGAGCUCAGCUUCAUUCUCGACCACCUGCUGGGGGUCACAUGUAAAGUCCUCACAGUCUCAUCCGGAGCAGAUAUGCCCUCUAAUGGCCGGCAACUAGCCCACCAUUUUUCCACCCAAGGCACCCCGGUAAUGAUAGGAGGCGGGGUUCUCGCAUACACUCUAUUAGGUGUAGACUAUGACGAGGAGACGGGGGAGUGCGCAUUCCUGAUUCUCGACCCGCAUUAUACCGGUGGGGAGGAUUUGAAGGCGAUAAGGAGCGGUGGAUGGGUUGCUUGGCGAAAGGCCAAGACGGACGCCAAGUGUCAGAUGGCAGUGGGGGAGGGGUUGGAAGAGGCAGAGAAGCGGUUGGGGAGGGUAAGAGAGGGUCAGAAGGCAGUGGGGGAGCGGGUGGAAGGGGGAGAGGAACAGGUGGGGAGGGUAAGAGAGGACGCAGUCGUGCGGGCUCCCAUGCUCUCAGCACAGCUAGCCACGUCACCGGUCAUGCAGCGGGACGCAUCGCCUGUAGUGCAGAGCGAGGCGGGGCAGAGGGAGCAGAGGGAGCAGGGUUUGAGGCUUGUGGGAGCACAGGGGAUGCUGGGGUUGCAGGGUGCAAGGGGUGAAGGUACGCACGAGAUGCAGGGCGUGCAGGGGCUGCAAGGCUUGCAGGAUGCACGGUUUGUAGGGGCGCAGGGCGAGAAUGGCGCGCAGCAGGGGAUGCAGGGGACUCAGGGGACGCAGGGGAUACAGGGAAUUCAGGGGAUACAGGGCUUGCAGAGUGCAAGGGCUGAAGGGAUGGGAGUGGUUGUUGCGGAGGAUGGGAGGGCCACGGGCGGAAGAGGCAGGGGUGGAAGGAGAAGCGCGCAGGGGGGAGUGGGAAGGGGGAGGAGAGGAGGGAGACGGGGAGGGGUGGUGGAAGGGACGAGUGGAGGAGUGGGUGGAUCUGAACCUGCUAACACAGCCAGUGGGGUGGGCAGUGCGGUAGGCAGUGCGGUAGGCAGUGCGGUAGGCAGUGCGGUGAUAUUGGGUGGCAGGGUUGGGAGUGGGAUGGUGAUGGGUGGUAGGGUGGGGAGUGGAGUGGGCGGUGGUAUGGAUGGUGGCAUAAGCAGUGGGGUGGGUGGUGUCAUGGGUGGUGGGGUGGGCAGUGACAGUGGCGUGAUGCGUAUGGAUGGAAAGGGGCAAGGGGAACGAAGGGAAGGCGAUCAAGAGCAGAGGGGAAAGAAGAGGAAAGGUGUGGAGUGUGGAGGCGGGAGUGGGGUCACUGGGGUUAUGGGCAGCACUGGUGGGGUUAUGGCUACUGGCGGUGCGGUCAUGAGUGAGGGUGUGAGUGGUGCUGGGCAGGUGAAACGGAUGUGUGGGCCAGGAGAAGGGUGA